CUCCGGCGAAUCGCGGCGAUGGCCUGGCUACCGAGCAGCUCGAACGGAGCGGAUAACGCGGACGAACGGAGCACCGCCUCGAGCGGAUCCUCCGGCCACAGCCAGCCCAACGAGUCACCGCGUUCCGGGCACAUGAACGGUAACGGAGGCAUGCGGGACACUGCCGCCGGCAGGCAUCCGCCCGCCCUGCUCCGACAUGCCACGCCCCACCUGCAGCCCAAGACGGAGUCCAUAUCCGACGGAGACGGCGACGCGGAGCUCUCCGACUUCUCGCUCAACGACACGGAGGAGGACGAGGAGGAUCUUCGCGAUUACAUCGUUCUGAAUGGCAACCAGGCGGAUGGCAAUCGCUCACUGUCCAGUUCGCCGCGCAGUCACUCCCGCAACGGACUGCUGACGGCGCCGGCCAGCUCCGGAAGCUCCGUCGGCGGAAGCGGCGGUGGUGGAGGCAACGGCUCCGGCGGCAAUGCAUCCAGUGGCGGCGGCAGCGGCGGAGGAGCCACCGGCGGAGUGCGCAAGGUGUUCACCAACACAAGGGAGCGAUGGCGCCAGCAGAACGUGUCCGGCGCCUUUGCAGAGCUGCGCAAGCUGGUGCCCACGCAUCCGCCGGACAAGAAGCUAUCGAAGAACGAGAUCCUGCGCUCGGCCAUUAAGUACAUCAAGCUACUGACGGGCAUCCUCGAGUGGCAGCAGCGGCAGGCGCCCUCGCAUCCGAUCCGGGCUCAACUGGAGCCGAACAACAACGACAAUAGGAUGGCCAAUGGCCACGCGGCGGACGGGGAGCUGGAGAACCCAGAUGUUCCGCCUGUACGGCACAUCAAGUGUGAACGCACCGACGCACAGCUGCACAGGAAUGGCAUUGGGCACGGACAUGGCAACGGGAACACAGGCAACGACCUGCUGAUGAUUGCCCCGGGAGCCGUCGUCAAAAGCGAGCUCCUCCUGGAGUCUCCACUCCCACUUGGGCAUCCGCUAACCGGCCCACCCCUGCCACUGCCCACUGCUCCGCUGGCCAUGGCCGAGACUCAGCGGAUCAGCGGCACCGUAUCCGGUGUAAAGUCGGCCAGCGGUCGGAGCAGCAAGCGACGCCUCAAGCCGGAAGGCGGAGCCACCGAUCUCAGUCUGGGCAAACGGCGCAGGACGUAGAAUAAGGAAUCUAAGGGAUGGAAUCUUGGAACAAGUGGAUACCGGCUUUGCCAAAGCAUCCGGAGAUAGUAUACUACCCCGUUUUGCUAUUUUUUUUAAACUACCAAUAAAUUACAA